AUGAUACCAAUGUUUUUUAAAUCAGCACAUCCUACAAAAGAUGCACCAUCAAUGGCAUCAAAAGAUCUUGGAUAUUGUUUACAAAUUAUGUAUAAUUCAAUACUUCCUGUAAAUAAUAAACAAAAUAUACAAUCAAAUAUAGCUCCAUCAUUAUCAGUUAUGACAAGUACAAGAAUUAAUAAUACUGGUGGAAUAGCAGCUGAAAUAAGUGGUAGACAAGGUAGUGUUUCUGUAACAGAAAAAGGUCACUCUGCAACAGUAUCAAGUUUAUUUGUUGUUCGUGAAUCAAUUGUUCAAUCAGUUUUUUUUGCAUUAAAAGUAAUGAUACUUAGUUUUCAAAAACAAAUGACAUUACAUUGGCCAAAAGUUAUAAAAAUAGUUAAAGAACUUAUUGGACAAAAAUAUAUUGGAAAUUCAUUAUUAUCAUUUACUGAUUUUUUAAUUCAAGCAAAUUUACCAAUAAGUAUUAUUGUAUUACCAAUGAUUGAAACAAAAUUAAAACAAAGAACUAAUGGUGGUACAUGUGGUUCAGAAAGUGAUUUAUAUGUUUAUAAUGAAAUUAAAAAAAAAUUAGCUAUGAAAGAUAAACUUAGUUUAUUAGAAAAAUCAUCACGUUCAAUGUUAGAAGAAUUGAAUAAUGAAUUAAUAACAAUGAGAGAGGAAUUUCAAACAAAAUUAUUUGAACUUGUUACAAAACGUGAAACACCAACAAAAGUUUCAGGUGUUUGUGAAGGAACAUCUGACACCAGCUCUUCUAUUGGUUCAAUAAUUUCAACUAUGCCAAGAAACUCAACAACAGGAAUUAAUAUUAAAAAUUCUUUAAGAGAUUCAACUAGAAGGCAUUCCUCUAUAACUGGAAAAAGAGGUAGUUUUAUAUAUAAAAAUUUCAAUAAAAGUCAUGAUACUGAAAUAGGACAUUGUAAUUCACAGGUUGAUGCUAUUUAUGAAGAUAAUGAAGAUGAAACACCAUUAAUGGCUAGUACACAAAGAUCUAGACAAAGUUCUAUUGGAGCUUUAGGUAUAUGGAGAAGUAUAAGACAUAAAAAAAAGUUAGAUACAGAUAAUAGUGAAUAUUUAAGUGGAUUAGAGGAUAAUAGUAUAGAAAUGAUGGAGAUGCAGAAACGGAUGACUGGUGUACCAUUUUCAAGAAAAACUGGAUCAUUAAAAGCAAAAGUAGUAUCAACAGGUGUUAUAAAUAAAGGAAAAACAAUGAAUGAUGACUUCGAGAAAGGAUAUAUUAAUGGAAGUCCCUCAAACAGUAAUUCAUUAUCCAAUUCAUAUAAAUUAGAAAAUGACAAAGAAGGUAAUAUAGAAUUUAAAAAUUCAAUACAUGAUAAAUGUAAAGUUGUUCAAUUUUCAAGUAAUAAACCAACAAAUUAUGAUAUAGAAGAUGAUGAUGAUAGUUAUACAAGUAUAACAAUAACUCAUCAUCUCAUUUAA